GUUCUUCCUCAAGUUCUUCCUCAAGUGUAACCAGAACUGUCUGAAGAACGCCGGGAACCCCCGAGACAUGAGGAGGUUCCAGGUGGUUGUCUCUACCACGGUGAAUGUUGACGGACAUGUCCUCGCCGUCUCCGACAACAUGUUCGUUCACAACAACUCCAAACAUGGCCGCCGCGCCCGGAGGCUGGACCCGUCUGAAGCAGCCACCCCCUGCAUUAAGGCGAUCAGCCCGUCGGAAGGCUGGACGACGGGAGGAGCCACGGUGAUUCUGAUCGGGGACAACUUCUUCGACGGGCUGCAGGUGGUGUUCGGCACCAUGCUGGUGUGGAGCGAGCUCAUCACCCCCCAUGCUAUCCGGGUACAGACGCCCCCCCGCCACAUCCCAGGGGUCGUGGAGGUCACGCUGUCCUACAAGUCCAAACAGUUCUGCAAGGGAGCGCCGGGACGCUUCGUCUACACAGCUCUGAACGAGCCGACCAUCGACUACGGCUUCCAGAGAUUACAAAAGGUCAUCCCCCGUCACCCUGGAGACCCAGAAAGACUGCCCAAG